CCGGAUACUAUUUAAAAUUAAUCUGUACUGGUUACCUAGCAACAUCCCAUCUGACAUAAUUUGUAAACAAACAUUGUCACGAACGCAUAAAAAUUGAAAUUUGAAAAAUACAAAAUUAAAUAAAUAAAUUAUAUUUGGUUCUGUGUUCAUCGUAGGUAGAACUUAUAGCGUUGGCCAAUGUGUAAAGUAAUGUGCUGAAUUAAUUAUGACGGCGCCAAAAUUAUUAUAUUCUAUUGAUCAACCUCACGGCCUUGGUGAGUUGUACUUUUUGUGGCAGAAGGGUGAAUCCCAUACAUUGCUAGCGACCACUGGUACGGAUGCCACUGUUGUUAUCCAUAAUAGAAAUGGACAGUUGGUAGAAAGGAUUAAGCUAUCGGGACUAUGUGCAGAUAUGGAAUGGGACAACGAUGGAGAUUAUCUAGCCAUUAUUACACCUAAUAGUAAUGCAGUUUUACUUUGGGAAUGCCAUGCUAAUAAACGGUUGAACAUUGAGACGGGCCUGCGUGAACCACCUUCGUGUCUUGCUUGGGCUUACGAAGAACCUUUACUAGCAGUUGGUACACAUAAAGGAAAUUUAGCCCUUUAUAAUCAUCAUACCACAAAGAGAAUUCCAAUAAUAGGGAAACACAGUAAAAAGAUAUGUUGUGCUGUAUGGAAUAAAGACAACAUACUUAUACUUGCUUCAGAAGAUAAGACAUUGUCCAUAAAUAAUUCAGAUGGAGACACACUCAGGAUAAUAUCACUAAGGGAUACUCCUAAUGAUUUGCAAGUUUCUGAGAUGAAGACAGAUGAACGAGUUGCAGGGGAAAAUACAGUAAGCCUUAUUGUUGGGAAACGCACAUUAUAUCUUUACAAUCUUUUGAAUCCCGACAACCCAAUAGAGUUAGCAUUCCAACAACGUUAUGGUUCCAUAGUUUCGUACAAAUGGUAUGGCGAUGGUUACAUUCUUAUAGGGUUCAGUGCUGGAUUCAUCAUAUCAAUAUCGACACACAUCAAAGAGGUCGGCGAAGAAUUGUUUCAGGUCAAGAACCAUAAAGAUAGUUUGACCGACAUAGCGGUGUGUAACGGGCAGGCCGCUUCGUGUGGGGAUGGACAGUUAAAGUUGAUCUCAGUUUGGAAUAAUGGUGAGGUGAGUGGAUCGGUGAUGCCGACGGGGGGAGCCGAGCGUUGCGGGUGGAGCUCCGACGGAAGGUUACUAGCGACUUCCGGGCGAGGGUACCUGAACGUUUACGUGACCACGCUACCCCCCCUGUACGCUACGUACGGAACCAGAGCUCUCACUCUGACCAGUCUCACUGAAGUCACGGUUUACCAGUGCAUCGGGGUCGAGGAUGCCCCCGAACCUAUUAAUAAAUCGGAGCCGACAGCUCUGGCGACCUACGCGCUGCCCGUGGAACCGACUCUAAUAGCGCUGGGGGGCUCGCACUUGUGCUGCGUGCACGGCUCGGACGCCUGGUUCUACCCGCUGUCGGCCGCCGCCGGCCGCGCCCGCCCCCGCCCCCGCCGCUACCCCGCGCCCCUCGACCGCCUGCGCCUCGCCGGGGACUACGCCGCCGCGCUGUUCGAGGGCCGUGCCAUGCUGCACACCAUUGAACAACCGGACUCGUCUCAGGCCGAAAGGGAAUGCAUGAUGUUUCCCGAACCGCACAUGCAGGGCGCUAAGAUUGUGGACAUUCAUCUCACCGCCGACUUUUUUAUAUUCAUCACAGAUCAAGGUCACGUGGAGCACUUCGGCGUGGAGGAGUGGCGCACGAGCGUGCGGCACCGCGCGGCGGGCGCGCUGUGCGCCGCGUACGGCGACAUCAGCGGCACGCGCGCCUGCCUCGCCGACACCGCGCGCCGCCUGCUCGUGUACUGCCCCGCCGCGCCGCACGACCUCUGCCCCCUGCGCGAACCGAAACUCUUCAGAGGGGUCAUCUGGGAUAUUUGUUUGUCGGAUCGGAACGUGUUUAUCGUGUACACGGAUGACAAAAUUGACACAUACUACUACGUGUCGAACUCUAUAAACGGAUCCCACGUUGACCUGGUCGCGAGCACCAGCAUCCUGCCUGGCCAGAUCCCUCUCAUACUGUUCUCCGGCGACGUGUACUGCUACGCAAGCGGGGGCAGCAUAAUAAAGAUUCCAUUAGAUUCGCACAACACGAGCGGGCUGGCGGACCCGGACACCGAGAAGCGGGUCGCCAACCAACGGAAGCACAUCGAGAAGAUGCUCCUCCUGAGGAGGUUCAGUGACGCCUGGCUGUUCUGCGACGCGGUGGACGAGCCCGACGUGUGGCGGAGACUCGGCGAGGCGGCCAUCGCCGACUUGAAUGUGGAAUUUGCGAUACGUGUGUACACUCGGCUGAGCGACGUGGGCACGGUGUGGGCGCUGGAAGACGCCGCGCAUGUUGAAGAUUUGUCGGUGCUGUGUGGCAUGCUAUGCGCCUGCGUGGGCCAGGGUGCGGCGGCGGCUCGGUGGGCGGAAGGUUCGCCCCUGGCCCUCGAGCUGGCGUGCGCGCGCGGCUUGUGGCGCGACGCGGCCGCGCGGGCGCUCGCCGCCGCCCCGCUGCACGCGCCGCUCGUCACCGCGCAGCACGCGCACCACCUCGAACUCAUGGCUGAUUAUCAUGAGGCACUGGCCAACUACGAGAAAAGUAUAAUUACCGAGAAUUUAGACGAUGCAAAAGUAAGGGAACACAAUAGGAAGUGCGAGGCCGGCAUAGCGCGUACUGCGAUCCGCUGCGGUGACGUCAUGCGCGGUGUUACCACUGCCAUGAAGCUCGCCGAUGACGUCACGCUGCUCAAGGACUGCGCUCAACUCUUAGAAGAAGAGAAGCAGUACAGUCACGCGGCCGCCCUGUACGAUCACGCCGGUAACACCGAACGAGCAGCGUCUCUAUACAUCAAACUGAAAUCUUGGCUCAAAGUCGAAGCCCUGCUACCUAAGAUCAAUUCGCCCAGCAUCCACAUUCAGUACGCCAAAGCAAAGGAGGCGGAAGGUCGCUACCACGACGCAUUAAAAUCGUAUCUGAAGGCUCAGGAUUACGAAGCGGCCAUCCGAUUGAAUCUCGAUAAACUUGAAGACAUCGACGAGGCAGUCCACUUAGUUCAAGAAACGAAAUCGGUGCAAGGGGCGAAAAUGGUCGCCAAUUACUUUCAGAACAGCGACGACUCGAGCUCAGCGAUAAAGUUCCUAGUGAUGUCGCUUUGUUACGACGACGCAUUCCAGCUAGCCAGGAAGAACGGGAAGCUGCAGCUGUACGGCGAGAUACUGAUCCAAACGUCGCAGGCUCGUUCGGAGGACUUCAAGAGCUUGGCCUUGCAUUUCGAGGGGGAGAAGAACCAUUUGUUGGCGGGAAAGUUUUACUUCCACGCUGCCGAUUACAACAGAGCCAUGUCGCACUUGCUGAAGGCCGGCGGCUCCGAAGAAGACGAGAAUGAGGCGAUCAGUGUAGCCAUCGACGCGGCCGCGGCUAGCGACGACGAACGACUAACCAGGAGGUUAAUAGAGUUUCUGUUGGGUGAGACUGACGGGACACCGCGGGAGCCACGUCAUUUAUUUAGGUUGUACAUGGCCAAGAAACAGUUCAUGGAAGCGGCCAAAACUGCGGUGAUUAUAUGCAACGCGGAGUGUCGCAGCGGCCGGUACCGGGAGGCGCGCGCCGUGCUGCGAGGGGCCCGGGCCGCCCUGCGCCGCCCCCCGCGCGACCUCCGCCACGCACUGGCGCUGCUGCACUCCUACAUACUGGUUCGCACGCACGUCCGCCGCGGCAACCACGAGCUGGCGGCGCUGCUGCUGCUGCGCAUCGCUGAUGAGGUCACCUUCUUCCCUUUGCCUCAACAUCAAGUAUCGAUCUUGACAUCAACGGUGAUCGAGUGCAGUCGCGCGGGCCUCAAGCACCAGGCCCACCGCUGGGCCAGAGCCCUCAUGCAGCCCGAGCUCAGGUCUCAGAUCGAUCCGAAGUAUUCCAAGAAGAUCGAGUGCGUGGUGCGUCACGUGCCGCGCGGCGCCCCGCCCCCGCCCCGCGCCGCGCCCUGCCCCCGCUGCGCCCGCGCGCUGCCCGCCGCCGCGCUGGCGUGCGCGCACUGCGGCGCCGACCUGCCCUUCUGUCUCGCCACGGGAAUGCAUAUCGUCAAAGAUGAUUUAACUGCGUGUCCCGAGUGCGACUUCCCAGCCAUUCUCAGUGAAUUCACAGAAUUACUCCGCGAUGAAGGUAAGUGUCCGAUGUGUGACGAGAGCGUGGACUACCGACGGCUGGUCAAAAUCGACGAUGUCUCAAUUUACUUGGACUCUAACACUAGUGAGUAAGAUUCAAAAUCGACAUUUCAAUGUCAAGCAAAAAUUUAGACAAGAGCGACUGUAAUCGGAACUUAAGCACUACAUAUAUGUAUGUCUGAAUUAUAAUGUGAUUUGUUACACCGUUAGGUUAUUUUGUGUUUAUGAUGAUAUAAUUAAAAACUGUGAUUACGAUCCGUCCAUUAAAUAAAUUA